AUGACUUUGAAUAUUAAGAAAUCGAAUUUAGGCCAUUAAACAUUGUUUUAACUUUAGCUUUUUACUCAGAAAUUAGAAUUCCUUGUAUUGUGUCGUGUGCAUUUUGAAAAUGGAUUUAUUUUCAACAAUUGUAGAAAUAAUUGGAAAGUGGAAUCUAAUGGCAGGUGUAAUUGUUAUCAUAAUAAUUCUCUUAGCUGUGAUCUUCGGUUACAUCAGAGCGGUCCAUGAGUACAAGAAAGUAACAGGAAAGUAUAAUCCUAGAGAUUUUGAAAACUUCAUGAGUGGAAGACCAUCUCUUUAUGACAGACCUGAACUGAAUUCUGAAAACCGACGUAGAAAUGUUUCUGCGAGUGACCGGGAAACGGCGUCUCUUCAACGAGAAUCUUCUGUAAAAUCGGUUACUUUGCCAACAUAUGAAGAUUUGCAACCACCACCUUAUGACGUGGCAGUUCAUCUAUAAUUAUAAUAAACUAUGACUUUUCAUUCAAGAUUUUAAGUUUUUGGAAACUAAGCAUAUAUAAUUUUAGUUCUUUUUAUUUUUGUAUGAAAUUCUGUGUAAUAAUUAAUAAA